GGAAAAGAUGGAUGGCAGCAAGCUGAUAAAAAUCAUGAAACCUAAUUUUUCUCCAAUUGGUCACCAUCGUAGAGAACCACAAGAAAUAAUAAUGGCUAAAUUUAUCGCCUUCAUCAAGUCCAUGGAAGAUGGAAGUUUGCUGGGAAACUUACAUGAUGAAGGAAUCCAGUUGACAGAAGAAGAGGAGCACUUUGCUUCUGAAGCCACUUCUAAGCAUAUUCUUCUAUUUGCAACUGGUGCAACCAACGUACCUACUAUUGGCUUUGUACCUAAACCAACAAUCACAUUUGUUCAUGAUGAUAGCAAGAUGAUACCAUCAGCUCAGACCUGUUCCAACUCAUUGCAUUUGUAUGUGAACAAGAAGACACUAGAUUGUAGCCUGGCCCAUUGCUUGCUGACAGCUUUAAUGAAUGGAGGAAUAUUUAGUAAAUUGUGAGGAAGAAUAACAAUGUGUCCCUUGUUUUGGGGAUUUAGUUAAACUUUUGCAGAGUUAUGUUACAGACAUUAUUUACAAAUGGUGUGCCAAAAAAAAAAUUAAAAAAAAUUUAAA